AUGGCACUCGGCCAGCUCCCCAUGGAAAUGAUUCUUGAACUUCUUCCAUAUCUUACUCCACAUGACUACUUUCAAUUAGUUCUUGUUUGCAAAUCUUGGUACGACUUAUUCAUCCCUCAUAUCUACCACCGUGUCAUGCUCCCCCUGAACGACUUUUCUGCCGCUUCAUACGGCCAAGUUUGUGGUGGAACCGACCUUCCAGUACGACGGUUAACCCACGCCGUUAUUGAGAAGCCAGCGCUUGCGCGGUUGAUACACUCUCUAGAGAUUUGUUUCAGUGUCUGCGAAGGGGGUGGCCAUAGAGAGCCCCACAAAGACGAAGAUGCCUGGUUGGCCUUGCUCCUAGUCCAGGUCAGGAAUCUCGAGAUCCUCAAAAUCGCAUUAGGCGAAGAGAAGAUUGAGUAUGGACUCAACAAAACACGUACGAGUUCUGUCCACUUUGAAUGGGUGAUCCACUGGGCGAGUAUGCCUAGGUUGGGCAUUUUACCCAAGCUGUCCCACGUGUCGUUGAUUCAUGGUCCGGCCCCUUGGACUAUUGGAACAGUUGGAAAAGGGGUUGCCCUGCAUCGAUUGAUUCCCUUUCUUCGCAUCCCUUCGAUGAGAGAGCUUUAUGUGAUAAACCCAGGUGAUCGGGUUCCACUGAAGUUACCUAAGGAUGUGAUGUUUCCAGUCAAACAUCUGGAUAUUGCAUGGCCACAAGAGCCACUACGAAAUCUACCACGGCUGGUAGAAAGGUGCCCUGAGCUGGAAUCAUUUACUUUGGAACAAGAUUACUGGCAUGACGAGACAACUCACAGUCUCCUAGAUCUAUCACGGUUGUACCAACCCCUGCGAGUCUCCAGAUCGUCGAUCCGUCACCUGAAUCUGACCUUCAACGGCAUACGAGCCUGGCAGGACGCAGAGAUGCCCAGACCCACCUUUCUAGGGACCCUUUCUGACUUUUCCAACCUCGACAGCGUGCACAUGCGAUGGAGUGACUUGUUACCUUUUCGGGGUCAAGCUGCCUAUCACCCAAUCACAUCACUGUCGGAAUUAUUACCCUCCUCGCUCAGACAUCUCCAUAUCAAUGAUUGCUUAGUUCAGUGCAUGCUAGCCCUAUCAUGUACCCUACUUCGGAGAGUAAAUAUUCGGUUUGCUAUGUUUGUGCAACAAACGGGACACGGUUGUCUACAUUGUCUCAUGCAUCAUUGGAGGCCAUCAUGGCCGCAUCAGGAGAUAGCUGCGGGGACUAGACUGUACAGGCUACACAGGGAUUUCAAUGCAUUUGGGGUUAGCCUUUUUAUAUGCCCGGCAGCAAUGUGUGUGCCUUUUGCGAGGGACUAUGCUAUCAGGAAGAAGUAA